GUAUUUACAUCUUCUAUCAUCGUUCGUUUGAUUAUCGUGCUGAUUUUCUUUUCCUGCAGUCCAGUGGUUUUUAUUUAUUUGUAAUAACAAUCGAGGAUGACCAAUAAUUGCUUUCGCAACUAUAUUUGAUUAGUGACAGAAGGUGUCUCAGGAUCGUAGAAAAGUGCGUAACAAGGAUAAUUGUGGAAAAUUCAGCAUGAGUGAACAGCAGCCCGAUAUGGGCGAUUCAGAUCGCUGUGAGCCCGGAAGCUGUCAAGAAAGUAUGCUUAUUACUACUGAUAUGAUCGAAGAGUUCUCGCAAGAAAUCAGUAUCAGUCUAGUGCAGGAAAAUAUAGAUAAAAAUGGCAUUGACACAACCGCGAAUACGAAACCCGGAGCUGAAGAAAAUGAAUCAACUAAGGGAAGCAUAACGAAGAUUCAGGAUGGACUGCAGGUUGAUAAAGAUGGAAGCGAUGGAACGAUGAGUAAGUCGAGUUCGUUCAGCAGUGCUAAAAGUAGAGAUAUGACUGCAUCAUGUACGAGUCUGGCGGACGAAGGAACAUCGGGGAAUCAAGCCGGUCCUGUUCAGCCCGGCAGCGAUAGUGCCGAAAUAGACGACUAUUUGCAUGAUUCAACGUUUCUAAACAAAAAGAGGCAUGUAUUUAUUCUUAGUUCAGCAGGGAAGCCAAUCUACUCGAUGCAUGGAAAUGAAGACAAAUUAGCGACAUUGUUCGGAGUGAUGCAAGCACUAGUCAGUUUUGUGCAGAGCAACAAUGAUUCAAUUAAGUCGAUCCAUGCGAUGGGUGUUAGGUUUGUAUUUCUGGUGAAAUCGCCUCUGAUACUGGUGGCGAUUUCAAGGACGACGCACAGCGUACAACAAAUUCAGCUGCAGUUGACUGAUGUUUACAAUCAAAUAUUAUCUACACUGACCUUAAGUCACAUGCAGAAAACAUUCGAGAGGCGGAAGAACUUUGACCUGCGCCGAUUGCUGGCCGGAAGUGAACGAUUGAUCGAUCAUUUGCUGGUCAAUGACAAAUGUGAUCACCGACUAGUCUCCAACAAUCCCUUCAGUUUCAUGACGCAUUCGGUGCGGAUUUUACCGUUGCAAUCGAACGUCCGGGAGACCAUCAUAGGAGCUAUUCAAAACAAUUGCGCCAAGAUAAAGAAUCUGGUGUUUGCAGUAUUAAUAGCUAACAACAAACUGAUUGCGCUGGUUCGAAUGAAGAAAUACUUCAUUCAUCCGGCGGAUUUGCGACUGAUUUUCAAUCUAAUAGAAUGCUCGGAAAGUUUCAAAUCCGCUGAAAGCUGGACGCCUAUUUGUUUGCCAAAAUUUGACUCCAGUGGGUUUCUGCAUGCGCAUGUCUCCUAUCUAGCGGAGGACUGCCAGGCCUGUCUGCUGCUUCUGUCCAUCGAGAGAGACGUGUUCUUUGUGCUGUCGGAAGCUAAGAGGAAAAUCACCGAAAAACUGCGCCGCUCCAACUGCUUGGAGGCCAUAAACGAGGCGAUGAACAACAAGGGCAUUAAACUGCAAAGUAUCGGCAUUCCAGAAAUACGACAUUUUAUCUACAAAAGUAAAUCCAACGCUCAGCUACUGUGCUCUGAGCUGACCGUUCCGUAUUCUAGCAUUGAUCAGUUCAAACGUCUCGAAGGCAUGUACUUCGAGCUCCACCAUCGGAUCCAUAAUUCCGAACGACCGGUGAGACUCAUCUACCAGUUGCAGGAAAAGGAAAUCCUUCUGGCUUGGGUCACCCAAGCGUACGAACUGUUUGCGGCCUUCGAACCGGUUGUCCACCGGAACGAUGUGAUCAAUCUGGUGAACAAGCUUCUAAAGUGGAUAAAAAAAGAGGAAAAUAACUUGUUCAUACUGUCGGCACCGACCUUCUAGGAGUGCGCGUCCUUUUUCCCUUCCUUAACGAUGUUUUCGUUUGCGACUCAUCCCGUUACCGGUGCCGAUAGCGAGAUGAUGGGCUGAGUCGUGCUGGGAAAAAGGUGCACUUUUACACAGUGGAAGGAAUAGUUGAUUCUUCUCGGACUGAAGCAAAGGUGAAAAUUGUAUGUAGACAUGCUUUCGUUCGUUUGUUUUUUAAAUCAAAAAAGAAAAUGUAAACCUAAGUACGAAAAUCGACUACUGAUUACAGACCUGCUCUGUUAGUAUAGGAUUCCAAACUUCACUAUAAGUGAAGGAAAAAUAAUGAAAUAGUAAAAUAAUAAAUUGUAAAUAGAUGUUAUCUUGUAAAUUGAAUAUA